AUGAACGUGGAGGCGCUUGCCAGAGCAGUCUACAGCGGAAAACAGGUCGUCAUCAUGGACGAUAAUCUGAAGGGUCUCGACUCGGAUACCGCUUCGAAGUGCUUCGAAGCGUUGUUCGGCACCGAUGGUCUCUUGCGCGGGCACAACCGAGCGGUCUUGCUCGCGACGCACAAUGCACAAUGGCUCCGCUUCGCCGACAACAUCAUCGCUCUUGGGAGCGACGGCAGGAUCUCCGAGAUGGGGUCUUACGAAGAGCUAAGCAAGAGCGGGGGGUACGUCAGCACGCUCCGGGUCUCGCAGCAGAGCAAUCGUGAGGAAGAAGAGCCCGCAAAGGAGCCUCUUAAAAAAAACGGCAAGCAGAAAGAUAAACACGCCUCCCCUGCCGCGCCAGACGCCUCCAAGACCCCCAACACUCGCGGCGCCGCCAACACAAGCUCCCUAUGGUACUACAUCAGGUCCAUGGGAACUUCGUCAUUCGCCUUGUUCUUUGCAAUGGUUCUUUUCCAAACAUCUUGUAGAACCAUGCAGCGUCUCUGGGUCAAGUUCUGGGUCGCAGCCAACGAGAGCGGCGGCCAGGAGAACUUGGGAAUGUGGGCAGGACUGUACAUCCUCUGGGGUGUCUUGACAGAAAUUGCACUCGCAAUGGAAACUUUUUGGUUCCUCGUCAUCGUCGUUCCUCACUCGGCCAAGGGGCUUCACUUUAGUGUUCUCAAGGCGGCAUUUGCAUUUAGCCAGGACAUGAACCUCGUCGACUUGCCACUCCCAAUUGCCUUCCUCCUAACAUGCGACAACAUCAUCCUUACCUGCACCGCAACAGGCUACCUCGCCUUCGCCAUCCCUGUCCUCGCCGCGGUUCUCUUCAUGAUACAGCACGUCUACCUCCAGACCUCCCGCCAGGUGCGCCUGCUCGAUCUCGAAACCAAGUCGCCCAUCUUCUCGCACUUCAUCGCGUCCUUUUCCGGACUCGUCACAAUCCGCGCGCUGAACUGGACCGACAAAGUUCAGGCCGAAAACCUGGAGAAACUCGACCUCUCCCAGCGCGCGUUUUACAUGAUGGGCAGUCUGCAGAGAUGGCUGCUUCUCGUGCUCAACCUCACCGUCGCCGCGCUCGCUGUCUUGCUCGUCAGUCUGUCCGUGGCGUUGCAGGACACCAUCGACCCCGGGUUGCUCGGCGUGGCGCUCGUCAGCGUCAUGGGCUUUGGGCAGUUGCUGACGGGACUGUUGAAUAACUGGGCGAUGCUGGAGACAAGCCUGGGGGCUGUGGCGAGGAUCAGGGAGUUCGAGACGGAGACGCCCUCGGAGGAGGGCGGGGACACCCCGGUCACUGUCGAAGAAUGGCCUGCGAAGGGGCAGAUUGACAUCACCAACGUCUCGGCGGCCUACGACGACCACCAGGUCCUCAGCGGCAUCAAUCUCUCAAUCAAACCUGGCGAGAAGGUGGCCAUCUGCGGGCGCACGGGGAGCGGCAAGUCCACGCUACUAGCGCUCCUCGUCCGACUCCACGACCCGUCUUCCGGAGCAAUUGAGAUCGACGGCGUGGACAUCUCAACCGUGCCCAUCAACCAGCUCCGCAAGUCCCUUGUGGCGCUUCCUCAGGACCCGCUCUUCUUGCCUGGAACCGUCCGCCGAAACCUCGAUCCGUUCGGCGCCCGCGACGAUGCCGGCAUCUGGGGCGCCUUGCAGAAGACCGGCCUCAAGACCCUGUUUGAGGACAAGGGUGGUUUGGAACCGGACCUGAACACGGACUGGCUGAGCGCAGGACAGAAGCAGCUGUUUUGCAUGGCGAGGGCCAUUCUGAGGAAUAGCCGCGUCCUUUUGCUCGAUGAAGUGACCAGCAGUCUUGACCAAGCGACGGAGCAAAUAGUUCAAGAGCUUAUCCGGAGCGAGUUCCAAGAGUGGACCGUCGUGGUCAUCGCCCAUCGCCUCAAGGCAGUUGCUGACUUUAACAAAAUUGUCACACUUCAGGACGGACAGGUUGCUGAGUUUGACCACCCAAAGACGCUGUUAGAGAAGGGUGGUGUUUUUGCCUCAAUGUGGAAACUUCAAGAAGGAUGA